AUGGCCUCUCUCUUUACCACUCUUCUAGUGGCACUAGUGUCCCUUAACUUGCCAGCCCAAACCUACUGUGCCUGUGGAAAAGAAGGAAAAACCACAGCAAACGAGGAUUGCUUACCUUCUCCACUACCUUCUCCUCCACAUCAUUACAAGUCUUCACCACCGAAACCUUAUUUGUACAAGUCUCCUCCACCACCACCUCUUGUUCACGAGUAUCCUCCUCCACCUAAGAGUCCGUACAAGUCUCCACCACCGAAACCUUAUUUGUACAAGUCUCCUCCACCACCACCUCCUGUUCACAAGUAUCCUCCCCCACCUAAGAGUCCAUACAAGUCUUCUCCACCGAAACCUUACUUGUACAAGUCUCCUCCACCACCAGCACAUGUUCACAAGUCUCCAUCUCCGCCCAAGAGUCCGUACAAGUCUCCACCACCGAAACCUUAUUUAUACAAGUCUCCUCCACCACCACCUUCUGUUCACAAGUCUCCACCUCCACCCAAGAGUCCACGCAAGUCUCCGCCACCGAAACCUUACUUGUACAAGUCUCCUCCACCACCACCCCCUGUUCAUAAGUCUCCAGCUCCACCCAAGAGUCCACACAAGUCUCCGCCACCGAAACCUUACUUGUACAAGUCUCCGCCACCACCACCUCCUAUUCACAAAUCUCCAUCUCCACCUAAGAGUCCGUACAAGUCUCCACCACCAAAACCUUAUUUAUACAAGUCUCCUCCACCACCACCCCCUGUUCAUAAGUCUCCAGCUCCACCCAAGAGUCCACACAACUCUCCGCCACCGAAACCUUAUUUACACAAGUCUCCUCCACCACCACCUCCUACCCUACAAAAACAAGUCUCCUCCAUCACCACCACAUAA